CUGCAGAAGUGUGGAGGUCACCCUGGCUCAGCAGAAUUGUGGAAACUGCUCCGGGAAAAUUCUGAAGCCAAGGUCGCACAGAUGGAUGCACAAAUGUCCAAGGCGUUCAAAUCUGCAUUCAGCAUCUACACAAGAGACCUUCGGAUAAAACAGGAUGCACAUCAAAACCUCAACUGCUUAAGUGAUGAUUGGGAGGAGGAUUUUCGGAACCUGCACCAAGCCCAGUUUCAAAAAUGUGUUCAGCACUUGAGAAACAGCCUGGGCCUAAUGAGCCGAGCAUCUGAGACCAACCAGGAGAGAGCCGCUGCUGUCAUUGCCAAUAAUCCAAUUCCUGACCUCAAUGACCUGGAUGGAAAAGACUCCCCAAUGCGCUUCCUAAGCAAACCUCCAGCCAAGGCUCUCAACAUCUCCAAUUAUGAAGUGCAAGAUCUGACAUCCUUUGCUAGCCUACUGUCUCACACGUCCCGUCACCCACAAAGACCUCAUCACACGAAUCAACAGCUAAAAUACCCAGUGAGAAAACAAAUAAUCCUGCCUCCCCUGAAACAACGUAGGCAGCAAUCUGCUGAUAUUUCAAGAACCAGCAAGCAGGAAGAGCAGGGAACCUUGCGAGAAAAGGCUCUGAUAAUUAAGGCUUCAAAGAAGGAAUCAGCUUCCAAUUUGUUGAGAAAGGAGUUUAAGAAAGUUGUGAAACCAUCUUACCUACUGAGUUCCAAAGCGCCACCAAUUAAACCAAAGAAAUCCAAGGAAUGCAACGUGGAAGACACUGUCGUGAUUUCCAUCAGUGAGGGUUUGGAUGCGUGCCGUAGAUCAUCAUAAGUUGUAAUGUACACUUUGUCAAGGAAGGAAUAAAGGGAGCAUUUGCGACAUUG